AGAAGAAGAAGAAGAAGAAGAGUAUAUAAUGGCAUCUUCAAGAGCACCAACUUCUAGUUUUAUGGUUCUAUGUAUUUGUAGAAUUUGCCAUGAAGAAGAAGAUGAAAAAGAAACAAAAAUGGAGUCACCUUGUGCUUGUUCUGGGACUCUAAAGUUUGCUCACAGAGGAUGUAUACAAAGAUGGUGUGAAGAGAAAGGGAGCACUGUUUGUGAAAUUUGUUUGCAGAAAUUUGAGCCAGGGUACAGUGCACCACCCAAAAAGGCACUGGUAGAUGUGCCAGUAACUAUUAGAGAUAGUCUGGAAGUGCAGAGGUAUUACCAAGCAAGGCCAGAAGAUGAAGAUGAAGACUAUCAUUACUUCAAUCCAGCUUGCUAUGCAGCAACUGAAAGAAUCUUCUCAUACUGCAGAGCUAUUGCUUUAAUGUUCACAGUCUACUUGUUGUACAAACAUCUUGUUUUUGUGCUAUCAGCUGGAGAAGAUCAUCACUAUGCAUUCCCACUUCUCACUGUUUUCAUACUGAGAGCGAUCGGGAUUGUCUUACCGUUUUAUCUGAUAAUGAGAAUGGUCUCAUCAAUCCAACACUGGCAGUGGCAGCAGCAUCUGGAAGAAGAACAACAGAUCCAUGGGACUUAUAGUUUCGACAUGAAUGAACGAGGGCAUCACAUCAUAAACAUACACAGAUGACUCGAGUUCCUCCUUGGCAACAUUUAAACGUUGAUGUAAUAGUAAAUACAGAAUUCAAUUUCAAAUGUAUACACAAAAACAAUAACAAGAAACAGUUGACUUUUGUAGAGUUUGUAAAAGAAUCAAGUCCAAAUGCAGUUCUCUCAUGCAACUUAUUUAUUUAUUAUGUUUAUGUCUGUUUCACUCAAAGCAUAAAAAUACUUAUAAAAGAAGAAAUCUAAUGGUUGUCAUUGUAAUUCAAAGCAACAGCAAAUUCAUUCAAAUAUAAUUGCAAGAAACCAUGUUUCAUUUCCUAAGCAGCAAGUCAGGCUUUUCAUUUCCAUGUGAGUGUUACAAGAGUGGGAAACACUGAAACAGUGAACACUUGGAUCACAAUGCAAAGCAACUAAUCAUUAUGGCGGGAAGUUUCCAUCAACCGAAUGAAAACAUUCUACGACAUCGGUUGUUUGUAAUCAAUCAUAAACAAAAGAAGAACACAAACUAUAAAAUCUCACCCUGGCAUCGAUAUUUUAACCGCCAGAGCAAACAAAAUGAAUAAGUAAUUUGACAGUCAAUUAUUACAUGGUUCGAAGCAUGAAGGUGAGCGAUGAUCUCACAUUCUACAAAAGGUUAAGGAAAUGAAAACAUCAAGGUGCAAUUAAAAUUUUCCAUUCUAGAAUCCAAACAAUGGCGGCAUGUUGAAUGACAAGAGAACAAUUCACCUAAUUUGAUUAGAUGCUUAAAUACAAAGGAAACAAAAGAAUAGUUAUGAGCAAAAAUCAAAAUGAGGCUCGGAAGAUUAAGGCCAUGAAAAGAUGGAAAAAAAUUAUCAAAAUACUAGGAGCAAUUUGCACCGGUGGUAUGCCAGUAGGGUAGAUGGCACUAGCUAACUAAUUUGGAGAACAGUCAGGCCAAGUCAAAAGAGAUUAAUGCAUUCUAGACAAAUUGCAAUCCACCUAUCAUUUUCAGGCAAGACAGUGACAAUACAAAGCACAUGCUUACUAUGAGUUGUCAUACAUAAUUGAAAAAAGAUUGAGGAAAAACAAUGGAAAAAUAUCAACAGAAUUCAAAUGCAACAGAUAUCCAGAUACCCCAAAGGUAGCGUGUACAGAAUUGCCUAAAUUCCGCCAAUUUUAAAACAAGAGUCUCAAGGCAUAGCCACAAGACUGACUAAGGACCAUAGAUAUGUAUCGUAGUUUUACGAUUUUUAUCCAAACCAAAUAAGUUAGGUUGAAGGUGAACCAAAAUUGAAGUCUAAUUUCAUUAAUAUCACAGCAAAUCCAUCAAAAUCAAAAUCUAGGAGGUCCAAUUCCAGUUACAGCAGAAAGCCAACAUGAUCAUAUUGGAUCUAUGUUUCAAUCAUGGCAGUACUUAAUCAAUCUUGAAUUAUCAUUACAGGCCAACUAUAAGGUAAAACAUUUAUAGGGCCAUCAGAAAAUCUAGUGACUCAAUUACUUAAUUGAAUAUGAUUGCCAAUUUGACUUGUUGAUGCUAUAAUGGUCAUUCCUUUCAUUAAAAUUGAAAGAAAAUGAUAGGUCAUAUGGUUAAGCCAUAUUAUAUAGUUGACAGAUAUCAUAAUUAUUUUCAUACUUUUGAUAUUUUUACCUGAAUCAUCACAGUUUCACAUGAGUUCCCACAAUUUCCUUCUCUUUUACAUACAUCCAUAUAUUCUAAAUAAUGCAAAUUUGAGAAGAAGAAGAAGACACAAAAAGGAAGCACAUCACCGAAAAGUCUAACAAUCAUUCUUUAUUACUGAAAGAUUAUCAUGCUAAAUGUUACAAAAGAAAAAUUGGAUUAAUUAGAAAUUCUAGGAAAAUAAGCACUUGCUUGCAAAUCUACAGAGUAGACAUGACAGUGAUCAAGACACAAAGGUUCCACACACAAAUGAGCCCUCACUUCACCGAUAAGCAUACUUCAUCGCUAUUGAUAACCAGCAUUCCUGUUCUCUUUGAAGUUUUGAAGUAAGUCGCACGUUAACCAAUAUAACCAUAGAAUUCUAGUUCAAAUCAAGUCAAGAUCAACCAAAAAGCAUACAGAAUGCAAAGCUUAAUUAUGUAACCCAAACAACUGAAUUGAUGACAAAACAUAAGUUCCCACAUACAUAAAUAGUGCAGUAUAAUGUAAAUGCCAUUAUGCCACUAAUAAUUCAAAUGAGAAACAAUCAAAAUCAGUUUUUAAGAAUUGACAUUGUUAGUAAGUUUGGCACUUGCACAGCUGUGUCACUUGAGAGCAAACAAUAUCACCCAAAAAGCAACCUAAAGCAAUUUACAUUAACUCAUUCACUUUCCCUACUUCACAACAGAUUAAUGAGAACACACUUAAUUCAAAAACAUAGCACAAUAAAACAAGUACAGGUACAAAGUUUAGCACUUGCCCCAUUUGGCCUAAAAAGUAUAAACUGAAAAGCAACAUGAUACAGAGUACAUUCAGCUCAAGCAAUAGAGUUAAACCCAUUACAACUUUGAUAUACAU